AGCCCAUCCCCACCACAAUUUCAGUGGAGUAUGGAGUAUCCAGGCCUGCAAGAUUGUGGGGUGUGUUGAAGUGGAUUUGUCGACCAUUGCGAUUAAACGUAAUCACUCGAUUACGAAUGCGUUGAACACCAUAUUUCCCCCCAUACCCCUGUCAACAGUGGAUUGAUUGUAAAAGUGAUUUAAUGGGUGGUUCGUCACUCGCGCCUGGUAAUACCGUAAGGGCGUUGACAAAAGUCAAAAGUCAUAUCUGCGAUCAAUCAGGUUCUGCGUUUUGGGUGAAAGAAAAUAAAAAUCGAUUUGCAGACCAUGCACCAAACACGGUGAUUGCGCGCUGAAAGAUACAUCUUCAACUGUGUGCUCACAGCAGCUGAAUUGUACUCAGGGACAAUUGUUACAAUAGGAUAAGUGGAAUUGAUUUGUUUGUGCUGUUGGUUUUUUAAACAGUUUCUCUCUCAAUGAGUGCAGACUGAUACGUCGUGAAAGAGCUUGAAUUGUUGACAAUAGUGGGGAGGGGGGGGAUUUCUGAGAAUUUAUUGUUAAACAGUGUUAUACGAUGGGUAUGGGCUUGAAACCCCUCGAAUUUACUGAUUGUCUCACCGACAGUCCGUAUUUUCGUGAGAAUUUACACUACCACGAGAGUGAAUUGGAAAAAACUAGUCAGCAAAUAAAACGGCUUAUCAAAGAGGUCAAGGAUUUGCUAAAUGCUGCUAAAAAUCUGUCCCGAGCCCAGAGAGCAUUCUCCAAAACACUGCAAAACUUUAGUUUCGAAUGUAUUGGCGAAACCCAGACUGAGGAUGAAUUACAUAUAUCACAGAGCCUAAAGGAGUUUGGUAAACUAAUAGCAUCGAUCGAAGAUGAGAGAGAUCGCAUGCUUGCUCGAGCUUAUGAUCAGAUUAUUCUUCCUCUUGAGAACUUCAGGAAGGAACACAUUGGGGGAGUGAAGGAAGGAAAAAAGAAAUUCGUGAAGCAAACGAUAAAAUUCUGUCAGAGUCAAGAGCGAUACCUUAAUCUCUCAACGAAAAAGCAGGACAAUGUCCUUCAGGAGGCCGACGCAACACUGGACAUGGCAGAGCGUCACUUUUGUCAAGCGAGUCUAGAGUAUGUGUUUCUCCUGCAAGAGGUACAAGAGCGAAAGAAAUUCGAAUUCGUGGAAACGCUCCUGGGAUUUAUGUUUGGAUGGUUGACGUUUUACCACCAGGGUCACGAGGUUGCUAAGGAUUUCAGGCCUUACAUGACCGAAUUGCAGUUGAAAAUACAGAAGACUAGAGAGAAUUUCCUUGCCACCCGGGAUAAAACCGAAUCGCUUAUGAAUAAAAUGAAGGACAUGAAAAAGUCAGCGGUUGAGACGGGGUUGAGUAAAUUGAAUUCACGCGAGGGAUAUCUAUUUUUAAUGGAGAAGAAGGCAUUUGGCACAACAUGGACGAAGCAGUACUGCACAUAUCAGAAAGAUAAGAAAGAAUUCACGAUGAUCCCGUACAAUCAAUUGACCGGAAAAUUCAGCAACAAGGAGACACUAACACUGGCAAGUUGCGUACGUCGUAUGUCCGAGACAAUUGAGAAGAGAUUUUGCUUUGACAUUACAGCUGUGGACAAGCCGGGUGUAACGUACACAUUCCAGGCGCUGUCCGAGGAGGAUAGGAAGCUAUGGAUGGAUGCUAUGGACGGAAAAGAGCCAACAUACGCCCUUCAGGGCCCGUCAGUCAAGACUGAGGAGACAAUCUUGGAUGAGAAUGGCUUUACGUUUGUUUCGAAGUGCAUUGCAGUGCUUGAAGACAGAGGCCUGGAGGAGCAGGGGCUCUACCGAGUAGUUGGGGUUGCGUCUAAAGUCAACAAAUUACUGGCCAUGGGGCUGGACAGGAGGAAACUGGAGAAACUCAAUCUCGAUGAUCGUUUCGAGUGGGAGAGUAAAACAAUAACGAGUGCACUUAAAACUUAUCUCAGAACGCUAUCCGAGCCAGUUAUGACGUUUCGAUAUUACAACAGUUUCAUAAUUGCUGCAAAACAAGAGUCUCGAGAGUCGAGAAUCAACGAUGCCCACAUCCUCGUGUACCGACUGCCGAAGCACAACUUCAACAUGCUGAUGCUGUUGAUAAAGCAUCUUCGCAAUGUGGCUAACAAAUGCGACAAGAACCUGAUGACUGUUGGCAAUUUGGCUGUGUGCUUUGGGCCGACACUACUGCGCCCCGAGGAGGAGACGGUUGCCUCCAUAAUGGAUAUCAAGUUCUACAACAUCGUUGUGGAGAUACUGAUUGAAAACUGCGAGAGGAUCACAGCUGGACCGCCGGAGUUCACUAGGCCCUCGCAAACCCAGCAGAAUCCAACGACGACUGCUCCGAGACACGAUACUGAGGAUAGCCCAAGUGCCACGGGAAAUGGAAAUGCGAUUAACAGAUAUUCUGUGCACACUGCUGUUCCCGCUACUCAUUCACAUUUGGUCACGAGAUCGUACUACGAUGGACCAAUCCCAAUCGUAACGAAGCCAUCAUCCCUGGACGAACGUAAGAACGGUGAUUUCGAGGACAUUGAACAUGGAGCGCAACGACUGCCAAUGUUCCCGGAAACAAGAGUCAGUCGUUCCAAGUUGACGAAUGCCAAUUUCAUGUAUCAUUCAGCAGACAAAGUUCUAGGUAGUGGAAACACCAGUAGUUCAAGUGAAUCAGUGGCAUCGGAUUCUCAUUUAUUCACCCAGGAUCUACCGACGAAGCACAAACGCGGGUCUAUGAUGGGCAUGCAUUAUCCCUCUGGGUACACACAACGCAGCAAUCCAGCGAUAUCAGUAGUUAAUACUUCACCGAGUAGCGGCAGGUCGAGCCCUGGUCAGGGCAUCUGGCGAGUGCGAACUCUUUACGCCUGCAUGGCAGAAAACGACGGCGAAUUGUCAUUCGAACCUAAUCAAAUAAUAACAAAUGUGAAACCCUCCCUGGAACCCGGAUGGCUGGAGGGCACAUUGAACGGAAAAACAGGACUAGUACCGAAGAAUUACGUAGAACAGUUACCCUAAAGAAUGAUUACGUGAACCAAAGAAUUCACAGACGCAUUGUUCACCCCCGUGACACAGCUAAAACAUUCCCCUGAAUUUUAUUUUGUUUUCCCAUUUAUUAAUUAUUUUUGUUGCACAUUGUUGGUCUCUUUGCGAUAUUUAUUGUUUCAUCAGCGAUUGACGUGCAUAAUUCCACUUGCAUUUCUGAGCUAGUUUAUUUAUCGAUUACAGCCCGAUUUGCUCAAGUACAUCGGACACAUUAUUAAUUGUAAAUAAAUGUAGUCUCUAAAGGGCCCAAGGAAGUGAUUAAGGUAAUUUAUUUAAGUAAAAUUUGUAUACAAAAGUGUGUAAAUUUUGUUGGCAUAAUCGUCACCUAAUUUUAAAUCUUCAAAGUAUGUAAAUAAUUGAAGAGAAAUUUAUAUUUAUGAUAGAAUAGUUUUUUGAUGAAUUUAAAUUCUGAUAGUAUCGCACACUAAUGCCAUUAUUGAACAAAAAUCAAGUCCACGUGGACUAUUCCAAGGAACAAAAGACAAGUUUUGGUAAAUUUUCCAAAGUUAUUAUUUUAUUUACCGUAGUUUCAAUAUUAUAUUGGUAUAUGAAUAAACACUGCAUUGAAAUCACUCCUGCAUUAACAUUCACACGCGCACCCUCUUCAUAAAAUAACAUUCAAAAACUCCUAGUGUUUUCACUAUCCACAGGAUAAAGCGUUUUCGAAUCUGAAUCUCUUUUGGCCUCGAAGUGUUGCCAUUCAGACAAAUUUAUCAAAAUGCUUACGAUGAAAAAAUUGAGAGAACAUGCUCCGUUUUUUUUUAUCGAUAUUAGAAUGAUAAAUUGAAUUUAUGUUCCAUUCGCACUUUAUUAUUCACCUAAAUAUCAACAUAUCACAAAUUUUCAAAGCAUGUGCUCUGAGUAAUGACACUUGCUGUGAUUGAAUCAUAUCGACUCCUUGAAAAAAUAUUUUUUCAUACAACUAUUGAAUCGAUUUAUUGUCUAAGUGAGCUGAUAAAAUUUUUAUUUCCAAUACUCCAGUGGCAAUACCGUCCGAAAAUAAGCGAUAGAAUCAACAUUGAAAAUCAUUCAAUAGAAAUGAAAAUAAUCAUCUCUCGAGGAUGAACGAGAGAAACUAAUGAAAUUUCGUACGAUUUUGUAAAAGUGCAAUUUUUGUAUAAGAAAAAUAAUUUGUAAGAGCACGUGAAAAUAUAACACUAAAUAAUGUAAA